AUGAAGAAAUUAAUUGAAGAAAAGGUCGCAAAGCUGGAAUCUUUGCGUGUAUCUACGGGGGUGUUAAAACCAUUUGAAGACUGUAGCGACGGGCUGCUAACUACACUUCGGUUUUCCUUUAAAGAUUCUGCUGGAAAAGCUAAAUGUAUAUUCAUUUCCAGCAUCACAGACAUUAGGAUGUCUAAGCGGUUCCUCAGAGAAUACAUUGUGCUCAACACUGGGGAGUUGAGGUAUAACAUUACGUGUCUCGAUUUGGAAAGUAUAUUUGCGCAUUUCCAGCGUGUAAUUGCUCUGAAUAAAGAGAAUUUAAUACUAGGAACUUCGGAUGGUAUUGGAGGUAUUUCCAGGGUUAUCCAAGCCAAGAAGGAUAAAAGGGACGAAGCGGAAAAUCUAAAGAAUGCUGCACUGAAAGAUUUAGAUACUUUGAGGGGAAAAUUCGACGGAGUACUAGCCAUUGCAAAGGAGUACUCACGAAUGAGAGGUCUGGAAUCUGGGCAAGAGCAUGUUCAAGAAUUAUUCAAAAAUUUGGGCAUCUCCAAUGUGUUUUCAGAACUUGAUUUGAAUUCCUCAAAGGGUAAGAGAAUUGAGGGUAUCAAGAGGGUUCUAGACUCCCUCUUGGAGGCAAACGGGAUGGUACUGUUGCAAAAUCUAUUUUGUGCAGUAAACAGUCUCUUGUUAUGUGACCUAUACUCUCCCUCUGAACUUUUUGAAUCUGUAAAGGCGCUGGCAGAUGUUGGAUUUUGCAAAAUGACCAAACUUCACGGUACAUGGGUAGUAACAAGGAAUACUGAUGGGAUCGACUUUGGCAACAUCUUGAAGGAUACAAAAAAUGGACCAAUAACCCUAGUUUCAUACUCUAGAGAUUACCAACUUCCAAUCGCUCUGGCAGAAGUACAAUUAAACAUGGCUGAGGCCUCGGGACUCAUUGUCAGAGACGAUUCUGUACAACAAGUACAAUACUUUUACAACGACUUUAAAGCAUUUGACAUGUGA